GACGAUCCAUCACUUCAAGCACCCGUCCAACAUUGCGCUCUAGUCUCUGGAACCGACUAUCUAUCAAGCCACUGCCUAGUUGCCGCAAUCCUCCAACCAUGGCCGAAUACUGGAAAUCCACGCCCAAAUACUGGUGCAAACACUGCUCCGUCUUCGUCCGCGACACCCCUCUCGAGCGCAGAAACCACGAGUCGACCGCCAAGCACCAAGGCGCCAUCAAGCGCUCCCUCCGCGAUCUACACCGGUCCGCGGACCAACAGGAACGAGAAAAGGAACGAGCGAGGAGGGAGGUUGAGCGGUUGAAUGGGGUUGUUUCUGGUUCUGGGGGCAGUGGGAGCAGCAGUGCUGGACAAAGAGGAGGACACAAAUCUGGUGGUGGUGGUGGUGGAGCGAACAGUGGUCCGACGGGAGCCAAUGCUUCUGAAGUUGGGUUGAGUGAAGCGGAAAGACAGAGGCAGCUGGAGCAGCUGGCUGAGUUGGGGGUGAAUAUCCCGACGGAGCUGAGGGGGAGUAUGGCGUUGGCGGGGGAGUGGGAGGUUACUAAUGUUAGGGUGGUUAAUGAGGAUGACAGUCACACUUCUGCAACCGCAGCCGCAGCCACGGGUCAGGGUGUGAUCCCCGUGGGUGCGGAGGGGAGGGCGGUAGGUGUAAAGAGGGAGAGGGAACGGACGGAAGAGGAAAAGGAGCAGGAGGAGGCGAUCAAGGGACUGUUUAAACGGCCGAGGAAGUGGGGCGUGGGGAGCAAGGUGGCGAAGGUGGAGGAGGAUAAGGAGUUGGAGGAGUUGUUGAGUGGGGGGAUUCCACUCAAGAAGGAGGAGAAGAUCAAGACUGAGGAGGGAGAGGAGGUCAACAAGGAAGAUGAUGGCGAAAAGGGCGGGGAGGAGAGCGUCAAGAAGGUGAAGGAGGAGGACGGUGGAGAGGUGGUUAAGAAAGAAGAUGAUGCAGAUGCGGAGGAGAGUGGUGGUAUUCCCAAGGGUCCGGCUAUCAAGAGCGAACCUAGUGAGGGUGUGUCGGGGAUUGCUGAUGAGGUUGCCGCUCCACUUGCAACGGGCGAGUCUGAUGCCGCGGCUGGGGCUGUGGACGCGGUUCCCGCUGUGGUGUUUAAGAAGCGGAAACCAAAGAAUGUGCGGCAGAAGUAGUGGGCGUGUUGUUGUGCUGGGAAAUGUUCUGGACCUUCCUUGUUCUAUUUCUAAUGAUACCCUUUUACUAUCCAGUGGAGAUCACUUUA